AGGCUGGAGGUUUCAUCCGUUUCAUCCACCUAUGAGACGACGAGGAGCGUUGUUCCGUCGCUUUAGGGAAUUUCCCGAUUAUAUAUUUUAUUCACAUAUUUUAUUCACUUUAAUUGGUCGUAAGGAUUUAACUCUACUCAAAGAGUGCAACAAAAAAUCCCCGAUCGUAAAAAAAACGGUGAUACGCAGUAUUUGCUACUCAUGAGACGUACGUCUCCGUGUCCGCCAUCUUAGGUAGGUCAACGUGGACAGCAGGCGAGUAGAGCUUUUUUUAUUUUGUUAUAAAGAUAACCACAAUCUAAUAUGCCGGUGUCGUGUUCGGCGUAUGGCUGCAAAAGCAAACGCACAACGUUAAGUAAACAUCGAGGGAUAACUUUUCAUCAGUUUCCCAAAGAUCCUGGACUCAGGAAAGCCUGGAUCUUAGUUUCCAGACGGAUGGACUUCAAGCCAUCUAAUAACACAGUCCUCUGCAGUGAGCACUUCACUGAAGCUGAUUUUGACCGAACUGGACAAACUGUUCGAUUGAGGGAAGGUGUAAUCCCUUCUGUUUUCACAUCUUUUCCAAAACACCUAAAGAAGAAGCCUGUUAAAAUUCGGUCAACAAGGACAUCAAGUCGUGCGUUGGAACCAAUCAAGGAUCCGGUCCCUGCUCCAAAGUGUCCUGAACCUCCAAAACCGUCACUUUCUGAUCAUCAUUACGCCCUCGAUCCUAACCAGAUAAAGAAGAAGAUAUCUGAUGCUCACGCACGAAUUGAGGAACUGGAACGCCAACUCCGGAAUGCUAAGGAUCGGGAAAGACGACAGAAGGAAGCUUUAAACUCACUUUUGGAUGACCUAGAUGCUAGAGGAAUGAUUUCAGGAGAAAUGCAGAUCCAGCUGCUCCAGGAAUCCGAUUGAAACAUCAUGAAGUCCAAGACUUGGUUCAAUCAACUGGACAAAAGCUGCAGAGUUCUUAAACUCUCAGCUCCAUGCAGUUCAUCUCGCCGAGGUUCAUUUACUGUUCAACAUGAGCUUAUCGCUCAUUUCAGCCGUCAGAAAUUCUGACUAUGGAAUGAAUAAUGUACGUUUACAAUCUGUUGAAUAUAAAGAUUUAUUUUUGGUAUGGAAGAACUUUUACAGCCCCAGUGGCCCAUUGCCUCAAGGUUCUCGUUUUGGAUUGUCCAUAUCGUUUUAUUUGAGAGGACGUUGAGGUUGAAAAAAUGGAUUCUGAGGUUAUCCACAAUAUUCUAUUUUUUUAUUUUUUUAUUUUACAUGACUGGCUGUCUUUCUGAUAUUGCAAAGAGAGAUGAAGACUUUAGUAAAACUGUUUGAGAAAUUCACUUUUGUAAUAAUAAAAUUUUUGUGAAAAUUU